AUGGGCGAACGAGAAUUGCUCUUCCAUGCCUCGGCCUUAGCCGGGCUCAGCGCCGAAGAUAAAGUUACUGUGCACUUUAUAAAUCGUGAUGGUGACAAGCUGACGGCCCAAGGGAAGGUUGGGGACUCACUUUUAGAUGUUGUGGUUGACAACAAUCUGGACAUUGAUGGAUUUGGUGCAUGCGAAGGAACACUUGCAUGCUCCACUUGUCAUUUAAUCUUCGAAGAUCAUAUAUUUGAAAAGCUAGAUACAAUCACUGAUGAGGAAAUGGAUAUGCUGGACCUAGCCUAUGGGUUGACAGAAAGGUCUCGACUAGGUUGUCAAAUCUGCUUGAAGAAAUCUAUGGACAACAUGACAGUCCGAGUGCCUGAAGCUGUUGCUGAUGCCCGACAAUCCGUAGAUAUGAGCAAGAAUUCUUAAAAUAAGACUUUGAGGAGUGCUUUGUGAUAUUGGAAAUACUUUUAUAACUUAUUUCUAAAUGUUUAAUUAAAUAUGGGAAUCUA